AUGUUGCGUUAUUGUUUCGCACGCCAGGUUUUGAAGUGGUAUGCAACGCUCAAGGAGUGGCUGUCGGGAUCUUGGUUCUGUGGAGUAUUGCCCCAAUCUUGUCCAAGGGGAUAUGUUGGUUUCCGGCUGAGGCAAUUGCAAGAAGGGAGCAGCCUCAUGUCAGAUUUUGUCUGGGAUGGUAGCCCCAAGGGAAUCUGGCCGCAGCAGGAUCUUCCCACUGACAGUGCGAUCGUUUUUAUGUUGCUGUCACUGUAUCUCAAGGCACCCAAAUUCAACCUAAUGUUUUGGGAAGGCAACGUGGACUCGGAGCACAAGAGAAGGCUUCAAGCAAUAGAUAGGGCGCCAGAAUCUGGUCCGCUGUACAUCGGCGAAACGCCACGGUUCCUGCCGCCUCAUGGUCAGUUCACUGGCUUCCUCCUUGGCGAGGUUCCUGUUAUUCGUGGAAACGGUCGUGGGGUCAUCAUGCACAAGUCAUUGGAUGGAAAGCCAAUGUUUACGACCAUGAUUGAUGGCCACCUGCCGUUGAGUUUGACAGGACCGGAUGCUGUGUUUGAGGCUAUCGCUGUCUUCUUGUACUGGAACGACGAGCAUUUUUCAGGAUACAUCAACGGCCUAUCUGACGAAUUUUAUGGCUUCAAAGAAGUGCUGAAUUAUAAGCGAGAGGGAGUAUAUGGAUUGACCAGAGUUUGGGGGCACUGA